CGCCUGCGCACGGGGCCCAGCGCGUCCUCUAGGACUUACCCAGUAGGCACCGCUUCGGUCUCGGGUCAAAAUGGCGAGCAGGCCUACCGUUGCAGCAUCAAGCCGGUGGCUGGAGGGUAUUCGAAAAUGGUAUUACAAUGCUGCUGGGUUCAAUAAACUGGGGUUAAUGCGAGAUGAUACAAUACAUGAGAAUGACGACGUAAAAGAAGCCAUAAGAAGGCUUCCUGAGAACCUUUAUAACGACAGGGUGUUUCGUAUUAAGAGAGCACUGGACCUGACCAUGAGGCAGCAGAUCUUGCCUAAAGAGCAGUGGACAAAAUAUGAGGAGGAUAAAUUCUACCUUGAACCAUACUUGAAAGAGGUUAUUCGGGAAAGAAAAGAGAGAGAAGAAUGGGCAAAAAAGUAAUCAUGUAGUUGAAAUCGGGUGCAGCUGUCCUCAAAGUGUUUUUAUGAAGUUGGUUAAACCUGAAAUGUACAAUUUAGAACUGUUUGGGCUGCAAAUGUAUUAAUUUAAAUAAAUGUCUGUUAUAAUUA